GUACAUUCCGAUUUGUGCCUUCAUUUAUGUAACCAAGUGUCAUCUUGCGGUGGACGGCAGUGUCCUUAGGAUACAAGUAUCGAGUGGGGUUGAUCUCAAAAGCUUGCGCAGGAUACUGUGAUAAGUGAUAACGUGUGAUAGAAACAGUUGACCAGAAUGAAGAUCAUCUUGCUGAGUACUCUUGUGGCGGUGUGUUCAUGUGCUCGAUUGGACAACAAUUAUCUCCCUCCACCUGGAGCUGCGUCGUCUGGAGGCGGUCCAGGAUUGACUGCACCUGCUCCUGGAGGUAGACCUGCUGGUGGGCACGGUGGUGCUGGAGGAUUCGGUGGACGACCCGGUGGUGCGGGAGGUGCCCCAUCAAGGCCAUCGUCAUCGUACGGACCACCAGCUGGCGGAUUUGGAGGUGGUGCACCGUCCAGCUUCGGAGGUGGAGCUCCAUCAUCCGGUGGAUUUGGGGGCGGCGCUCCGGCUCCUGCUGCCCCAGCAGGUCCACCAAUCCCAAUCAUUUCCUACGAAAAUGUUAAUAACGGAGAUGGAAGCUAUAAGUUCAGUUACGAAACCGGUAACGGAAUAAAAGCUCAGGAGCAGGGUGAACUCAAAGGCAAAGGCUCUCAAAAUGAAAUCCAAACCGCUCAAGGAUCGUUUUCGUACACCUCUCCGGAAGGACAAGUCAUCUCCUUAACCUACGUUGCUGAUGAAAAUGGUUUCCAACCACAAGGAGAUCACUUGCCCACUCCUCCACCAAUCCCGGAGGCAGUGCUCAAGGCUCAACAGGAACAUGCUGCUGCCCAUGCUAGCGCUGCUGCCGCCGGAGGUGGGGCUGGUGGUGCCGGAGGUCACGGAGGAAGCGGUGGUCAUGGAGGUGGUGCCGGUGCCGGAGGAUAUCCAGGAGCUGGCGCCGGGCAAGCACCAGGAGCUGGUUACCCAUCCGGAGGCCCACUAGCCAAUGCACGACCAGGAACUGGCCGUCCCUCGGGAAGUGGGUCUUUCAGUCCGCAGUCGGGUUACAAAUACUAGGGAAUUUUAGCAUUUAGGUAACAUAUUCCGAAUCAUACAAUCUCAUCGAUGAUGCGCUUUAACUGUAAAUAUGGAUCAAAACAAAUGGCGGAACAGAUAUUACAAAAAAAAUAAAAGUCACAAUAUGCGAACGAACUAUAA